UUACAUUAGUAAACUGCUAUUGCUUUAUAUUUAAAAAGAACUUUUAUUUUCUUUUAACUAGACUAGAUAUUUUAUGUUUGUAGCUCAGACAAUUACUAGAAACAGUGAAGCAUAGAAAAAUGAGUAUUUUAAUAUUGAGAGUUUUACUAAUUCAAGGAUUAACAUGUCUGAAUCUUGUGAAGUCUGGAAAUAUAACAGACAUUUAUGGAAAUGUUGCGUAUGGAAAUGGUACAAUUUCAUGGGAGAACAUACCUUCAGGUUUUUCAUACAAGACGGUUAAUAAUUAUGAUCCAGGAGGCCUGGACGGACUUUACAAAAUGGCAAGAGGUUUCAUAAAUAUGAUUCAACCAGAUCCAUUUCCCUAUGAUAUUGUCAAAGAUGUAUUGAGAAGUAGAUUCGACAUAACAACGCAGUAUCAAGAGGUUAUAAAUGCCAGUAUGGGUUUUGGAAUCUGCUUUGGCAUUGGACUGUUGUUCAUAAUUAUCUUCCCAAUAUGUGGAUGUUGUUUUUGUUGUUGUCGGUGUUGUGGCAACUGUCGACCUGAUCUGAAACAGAUGAAUAAAGCCAAUGAAAAAUGCAAAAUAACGGGACUUUCCUCAGCUCUGAUGGUUAUGUCUGUAUUAAUCGCAUCUUCAGCUGUAUGUGUGUUGAUUACUAACGAUAAGUUCACUGAUGCAAUCAAUUAUGCUGACUCAGCUAUAGCAAACAAUUUGGACGACAUAGACACAUAUAUUAACAAUACUGUUACGGAAUUUAACUACGUUGCUGUAGACAUGUACGAAAUAGUGAACGAUGCAUUAACAGCGGAUAUAAAUGGAAUGGGACAAAUAAUGGCCGAUGAUUUAAUGGCGAGUCUGAACAUAACUCCAGUUUUAGAUGCUGUCUUAGAACUUGACAACUCACUUCAGGCAAUAAAGACAUCGCUAGACUAUGCUGUUGGUAACAUUACAGAGCUACAGACUGCAGCCAACACAUUGACGUCUGAUAUGAAUACACUAUCACAAGAUAUUGUAUCAACGCAAUCGGGAUGUCAGUCUAAGUGUGCUUCCGACUGUGAUGCAUUCGAUUCAUCUGUACUGGCUGUAUCCAUUGAUUUUUCUGGUCUUCCAGAUUUGUCGAAUACUCAGAAGUCAAUUAAUGAUGUGGCAAACGAAAAUCUUACCGACUUAGCCAAUUCGGUGCAAUCACAGUUUGAUAAUCUAGACAGUACAAUUAAUUCCUCAACUGUCUCUGCAAGAGAUUCUAUUAAGAGUACUUUAGAUAGCUUUAAAUCUACGCUAAACACUAUGGUCGAUGAUUUUGAGAAUCAAAUUCAGGGAGCAGUUGACACAUCGAAUUUGAAAUCAGAUGUAACUAAUAUAUUAACACUGGCUAAAAACUAUGACAAGUACAGACAAUUAUUCAGCUACCCUCUACUCUCUAUAUACGCUCUGAUACCGGUGUUAACCAUUUGUGGGUUACUUAUUGGUUAUUUCUGUCGAACGCCAGGCGUUAAACCAACAGAGAGGCCGUUUUGUUCUUGCUGUGGGGGAAAUCUUAUAAUGGCCGCAAUAGGAAUCAUGUUUAUGAUUGGAUCUUUAUUGAUGCUGUUAACAAGCUUGACGUUUAUAACUGGUGGACCUAUGGAGAAGAUGUGCCAGUCAUUCGAGGAUUUGACUGUAUUUCGAGAUUUUGUGGAUGACAAUGGGAUUCCUGAUUUUCACUUUGGUGAUGUUCUUCUAAACGACCCCAACACAACAAUUAGCAUAUAUAACCUUAUGGUAGGAUGCAGGACAAACCAGGCAGUCUUUACUUUACUUCAUCUUGAUAAGCUGAUAAAAGUUGACGAAUAUCUGAAUUAUACACAGUAUCUUGGCAACAUUGAAUCAGAAAUAGCUUCUAUAAGUAGUUCUAUUGAUAUUAGUAAUUAUGAAAUUUUAUCAAAAGACUUGGAAGACGCUCUCAACUCCUUUGCUACUUCCGGUCUUGAUGGUAUUAAUUUUACACAGAUAAAUGACACGUUAAACCAGACUAUUACGACAUUCAAUAUGACCUCAGUUAUUUCCACGCUAACAACAAUAGAGAGUCAGUGUAUUGAUCCUACAAAGGCGAAAUGGACGACACAUAUUGCCGAUGCGGAAACACUGAGAAAUGUGACCAUACCAGCUGUUACGACAGCACAGAGUAAUCUUCAAGCAUCCAUAUCUGUUUUAGAAGGUUUAGUUAAUACCGGAAUAACAGAUAAGAUCAAUGAAGUUUUAAUAACAGCACGAAAUGCUGAUGAUCAGAUUCAAAACAACAUGACGAGCAUCAUAUCACAGACGGCAGAUGAUUUUAAAAAUCAACUGUUAUCUUACAUUGACUCGUAUAUCGAUCAAGUACGAUAUCUGAUAUACAAUGAACUAGCAGCGUGUUUACCAAUAUGGAACCUAUGGGAUUCUUUGACCACAACUUUUUGUAAUUAUGCAAUCGAUCCAUUGAAUGGAUUCUGGUUUGCACUCGGUUGGGGAUUAUUUUUUUGCAUUCCUUUAACUAUUGUUGGAAUUAAACUGUCAAAUUAUUACAGAAGGUUGAAAUAUAAACCUGAACCGAGGAAGAGACAUGACGAUGAACCUCCGCCGCCUUAUACAGAGAAGAUUGAACGCUACGAGGAUGCAGGGACUAAAAAUCAAAUAGCACCCAUUGAGAUAAUAAGCUUCUACGAAAAAAAUCACAACAAAAUAAUAGAUAGAGAUAUGGAUUAUUGGCCAAUUUUUCGUCAUAGAUCAAACAAGGUAUUCCCAAUGUAUCCAACAAUGGACUGACAAAUAAAUGGAGAACUACAAAAGAUCUGUUAUAUAUUGAUAUUUUGUUAAUAUUUCUUAUGUACAAUUUUUUUUUCUAUUUCUAUCACUAUUUUGAAACUGUUAAUGUUCGACUGUUAGUCCCCAGGGUACCAGUAGUCUGUGUUUCAUUACUGAUAUAAUUAAGGACGUGUUUCACUUUUAAAAAGUUCCGUUAAUAAAGUUAGAAACUAUUAGGAAACUAAUGUUCCUAAUACGUCAUGAAAAGGUUGA